GAGACGAGAAAGACAUGCAAAGUCCAUGGAUACAGCUCAAGAGGAGGUAUGUGGAGAAUUUUGCCCAGGGUACUGUAUUACUUCAAUGAUAAUAGAACUAUAUUAGGUUAAAUGAACAACGUUACAAAUAUAUCCGAAUAGAACAGAUGGAAACGGGAAUAGAAUAAGAAUCAGGCGUUAAAAUAUCUAUCGGUCAAGGACAUUGUCCGACCCAUUCGUGAAAUUGUCCGACGUAGAGAGGAAACUAUACCGGACAUUCUGUCCGACCUGAGUGAAACUGAGGUUUAUUGUUUGUCCGACCCGAGUGUAUUGGUGUCCGACCAAACUGUAGCUUUGUCCAACGUAAAGCAAAAUGUACCCUAGUCCAGGACUAAAGGCUCGUAUGUUAUUAAAUGGGGGAUCAGACUAAUGUAUAAUCACAGGAGGCCCAGGCUCGAUUUGCCCGCGCCCGCCUGUGCCUUCCUUAUAACGAGGGAAGGAAGGAAACAUUGAGACCAAAAUAGCCCAGACUGGCAUAUGUCACACGAAACUAUCCUCGAUUUUUCGCCUUUAAUGCAUUUCUUUCACGAUUAAUCGAUAUCCCCUGCAAGAAUGAUACCGUAUAACUCUCAAAACAACGAUGCUUUAAUCAAAGAGCUUAAAUUCGCUCUGAAAUCCGUGAGGGAAUAACAAAAUUCGCCCAAAAUAUAUCCGCGUGCCGGGUUUGCUGGACAAAAAGCGGAAGUCGUUGAACAACUCAAAAUACACUCAACCCUGAUUGGACAACGAAAAUCAACAAACAUUUCAAAUUUUUCUCCACUGGCACUGGGAAGGGGGACAGUACUUGGAACAGUACUGUAAUAAUUUGAUUAUUUGAAUCAAAACAAUUCACAAACGUUAUUAUACUGACUAAACUUCUUAAAUUUAAAUAUUUAGAUUUGCACUGGUUUCCCCCCCGACAACAUUUGUUAAUUGUUUUGAUUCAAAUUUAUAUUACAUUACUGACUACAGAAAUUUGAAAUGUUUGUUGAUUUUCGUUGUCCAAUCAGGGUUGAGUGUAUUUUGAGUUGUUCAACGACUUCCGCUUUUUGUCCAGCAAACCCGGCACGCGGAUAUAUUUUGGGCGAAUUUUGUUAUUCCCUCACGGAUUUCAGAGCGAAUUAAAGCCCUUUGAUUAAAGCAUCGUUGUUUUGAGAGUUAUACGGUAUCAUUCUUGCAGGGGAUAUCGAUUAAUCGUGAAAGAAAUGCAUUAAAGGCGAAAAAUCGAGGAUAGUUUCGUGUGACAUAUGCCAGUCUGGGCUAUUUUGGUCUCAAUGUUUCCUUCCUUCCCUCGUUAUAAGGAAGGCACAGGCGGGCGCGGGCAAAUCGAGCCUGGGCCUCCUGUGGUAUAAUCAGAGUGACAAAACGUAACAAAGCAGCGGUUUUACCAAGUACUAGCCCUAUUCCAAACACCAACUCUAACCCUACUCCUAUAAUCCUAACCCCAACCCUACGCCAAGCUUGUUUUUAAACAAAUCUUCAAGAAAAACGUUUUGACAAAAAGUCAUUUUGAGGUCAGCAACCUAGCCUUUCCCUACAUGUGUCUGGCCCAUUGGUCUGACCCAAACUCAAAGUUAUCGGAUGUUUUGACAGACGGCCCUGUAAAAGAUAUUUGAAGGCCUGAAGAAUUAUGAAGUCCGUCUACUAACUUCCAAACAAAGGGCAUUCAAAAGUAUUUCUUGUGUCAUAUUUAGGUGCUCACAUGCCUUGCAGUAUUUAUGUGGGAGAGAUUACAUCACCUCUGGCAAAAAUUACGAACUGAAGAACAAAGUUGGCAAAUGUUAUAUUAUCUUGGCAUUAACACCUUGAGGAGAAGUUUUGAGGUUUGUUUAAUCAUCAACAGACAUAGUAAACCUGUUUCAAAAUUACUUUGUUUUAGCUUUAUGUACUAUUUAAAACUUGAGCAGCAGUGUUUUAUCAGAUAUAAAGAUAUGCGAGACGAAGCCGAGUAUCUAGGUCUGAUAAAACACGCACUGCAUGCGAAUGUUUUAAAUUGCUUCAAAAACGUUGUGUAAGUUGAGAAAAUCAAAGUUAAAGUCUAUGUAAAUCAAGUGAAAUCUCUAUCACAUAUUAAAGGAAUACCGAAUGGUUUUUCGUGCAGGAUUGCGUGAUCCAUGCACGAGGGAUGUCGCGAGACUUUCGGAGAGCGUAAAAAUACUCGAGCCGCAGGCGAGUGUAUUUUUACGCUUUCCGAAAGUCGAGCAACAUACCAAGUGCAUGGAUCACGCUAUCCUGCUUGGAAAACCAUUUGGUAAUUGUUUUAUAAAAUAACUAGAGUGAAACAAUGACAUUUUGAGAAUCCCGCGAAAAUCCCGCGAAGACAUUUUAAUUCCUCGUGCAGGAUAGCCUGAUCCUGCACGGCUAUUGACCAAUCAAAUUGCGUGUUUCACUGUAGUUAUUAUAUAAAAAGAUUUUCCUCAUGAAUUAUUGAGUUUUUGAAUUUGCAGUUUACACAGUUAACAACCUUUUUAAAUGUAUCUGGCGGUUGAGAAACACAAAAUAAUAGUUGAAUAUUGUCAAUUUAAAUACAAUUGCUCUCUGGAGAAAUACUUGCGUGACCCUGCUUAUGACGUAACAUGCAUAUCCACCAAAAUCCAAGAUGGCGGAAUGCUCGCUGAUUUGUGAUUUUUUCUGUCAAAAUAUCUCAAGAAAUAAUAAAGUUACGCAAAAUCGAUAAAGGAGAUUUACAUAUAAUUUUAAAAAUUCUUCCAAAUGAAGUAAUAAAGUAGCGGGUUCGAUUCCCACCGUGGUCAGUCUAACUUUUCUGCCUGCCCGGUGUGGAUAUACACUCAGAGUAACAUCAAAAACAUAAUAAAAAAUAUGUUGCCAUAUCGCUUUAAUGGCAAUAAUAGACAAUUCCUGAUUAUAGACUAAUUUUAAAACUUGGCAAGGAGAUGCAAAUAAAUCACCAUAGCUAGAAAGAGCAUACUAAAAUGAGUAAAAUUGCAAAGUUUGGUUGCGAAAUGUUGUAAAAUGCGGAAAAUAUUGCCUUGCAAAGUUUGCAAAUUUUGUAUACUUUUGUAUUGCGUGCGGAAAUUCCUACCAUUUUCGGCCCAAAUGUGGUAGCAAUUUCCGCACGCAAUACAAAAGUAUACAAAAUUUUCGAACUUUGCAAGGCUAUAUUUUCCGCAUUUUACAACAUUUCGCAACCAAACUUUGCAAUUUUACUCGUUUUAGUAUGCUCUUUCCGUGAAUAUACUUUUCUUUAACCAAUACCAGCCGACAAUUUCAAAAAAUAUAAUACAAAACAUAAUCCGAAGAUAAGCAUCUUGAAACCCAAAAUAUGAGUCAAACAAGAAAGUGAGUGAGUAAUAUUUCGAUUUUAUUACAAAAUCAUCAUCAGACUAACUAAAGUUACGAUAUACACAUGGUCUUAAAUACAAGUUGGCAAGGCGAACAUGUGCAAUACAUUGUAAACCUACACUUUGUUUUUGACAAACUUAACAACCCAACUGACGCUGACAAUAACGUUUCCACUUUUAUUUCCAACUUAAUAUUUGACAACUCUCGAAUUCUUCUCACUAUUUAUUCUCGCACACCUAACUUUCUCUUGUUGCUUGAAGCUCUAUAUAUCAAGUAUCAUUCACUCAGUUUAAACACUGGACUCAAAGCCAGCAAAGAACUCAAGCUUUUCUAUACAGCCACAUUUCAUCACACUUACAUCUCACUGCAACUGUCGUGGUUCUGAUUGAGACUUCCGUUAAGCUGUCAUCAUGCCUUGCCAACUUGUAUAUAAGACCAUGUGUAUAUUGUAACUUUAGUUAGUCUGAUGAUGAUUUUGUAAUAAAAUCGAAAUAUUACUCACUCACUUUCUUGUUUCUUUCUUUCAAUAAUUCCAACCCACUCCAGGUGUCAGUGGAGGAAAAACAGGGCAUGUCGAGGUUGGAACAAGUCGUUGAGGAAAUUUUUGAAGAAGAGAAAGUGAAGGAAGUGAAGCGAGAGCAGAAACGUCAAAAGAAGCGAGCUCGUCGAAAAGAGAAAUGUAAAUAUGGCGAUCUUGUGUCGAACGAGAUGUCUGAAGAUUGUAAGGGCAGCAAGGAGGGCUUGGCUUGUGAGAUGAAAAAUGGCGGCGAGGAAGAAGGCGGUAGUUGCAAAGUGGAAACAUGUGGUGAAAGGAAUGAGAACGAACUGUCGUCGUCCAAUGAUCAUGAACAUUGCAAUUGUAGUGAUUCUCCGAUUUGGAAUGGUGAAAAUUCUGAGAAAUGGGAUGACGAAAGCUGCGCCGGGCAGAAUCGCAAAGAAGGCUGUUGUUUCAAGUCAGAAUGUGGGAAGUCGGUCUCCUGUCCCGACCAGGAGAGCGACCAGGCUUGUCCUGAGCAGGGCAGAGGUAUGUCCAGUCCGCAAGAAGAAUGUGGCGAAUCAUAUUUUCAGCUGGGGUGUGGUACACCAAAGUCCGGCCCCGAUCUGAGAGAAGGGCCAUGCAAUGAGGGGUGUAAUCACAACAGAAAUGUGGUGGGUGGGUGCUAUCAAAAUGGGUUCCUGAGUGAAGAGAUGAAUCAUGAUUGUGAUGAUAAACAUGAUAAUCUACCAGUGGAUGACGAGGAAAAGCAAUUACUCCUUUCCAUGGGGUGGAAUUCAGCAGAACCUUGUCAUGUGAGUGCAGACGAUAUUUUUUUAUUAUUAGGGACCGCUCAUAAAUGUUCUUCUUGUAAAAUAUUUUGUUGAUUACCAACCAUUAAAAAGUCAAAAAAUAUUUUACCCAUCCUCAAAUAUCAAUUAAAAAAUAAAUGCCCUCCCCUGGCCAAAAUCUCUACAAAAGGAUACCAUUCAGUUGUGAUACAUGUCCUUCACCACUUCUGUGACAUGAGUUUGAGAUAAUGGCUUGUGUAAUUUUCUGCAGUCUAAAGUUUCAUGUUGUCUGCACAUGUACUUUUUCUUUGGAGACACCAUUUGCCUCCUGACAAAUCGGAAAAUGAUCAAGAUAGUGGCUCUGAUUGAUUGAUGUACAUAUUUUAUUGAAAAUACGACUGUUGACAUUGCUUUUUAGUGAGUCAAUAUUUGAGCGAGUCAUGCUUUGGAAAUGACUAUAAUUUUUUUACUACCCAACCCCUGAAUUGUUUUGUUUUUCAUUUACCCAACCUUUUCCUCACUCGAAAUUUUGUGCCCCGCUAUAAAUAAUGACCGGUCCCUUGUUUAUUUAAAAGUUCAUGGUUUCUGAUUGGCUAACAGCCAACUGUGAAAUCGUCAUAUUAACUCAGUAGCUGACCAAAUAUGGAGUUUUGACAUAAUAUUCAACGAAGUGACGUCAUAACGUUGAAUAUAUAGAGGAUAUUACACGGCGGCGCGAAGAUAUGACUUUUAUCUUCGAGUGGUGAAAACAAUAUUUUACGAACGAGCGCAGCGAGUGAGUAAAAUACUGUUUUUAACACGAGAAGAUAAAAGUCAUAUCUUCAAGCCACCGUGCAAUGUUCUGUUUAUUAUAUAGUCCCAAGCAAAAAAUUGUGAAAUUUCACGCUCAAAAGUAAAUUGGAAAAAGUCGCGUGAUCGAUAUCCUCACCAGUGAAGAUAUGGAAAAUAUCUCGCUGUGUAUUUUUCAGUAUCUCACUCUCUACUAUAUAAUAAGAAAUCAUAUUCAACGGAAUGACGUCAUAACGUUAAAUUUGAAAAAACUGGUUUGGCUUGCUGCUUUAUAAAGUAUGUUCAUAAAGUCUCUAUUCUUGUAAUGUUGAUGUUGUCUUUCUUGUGUUAGGACGACAGUCUUGUCGAGACAGACAUGAAGAUUUCAAAAGAAGAAAUCCAGCGUUUCAAAGCCAACCAGAAACAGCUCAUUAACCAGAGACAAAAGUUACGCGAGAAACUAAGAGAGCAGUUUAACAGCUUGAACGUUAGUGCGCAUGCGUCACGUUAGGUCACGUGGGACAAUGUCACGUGACUGUCGGGUACAGAUCAUGUGCGCGAAGUUGUCGAAUCAUCGGUGUGUUCUGUUCAUUAAUAUUUUAACCGCGUGCUCGCGUACAACUAAAUAAAUAGCGUAAACCAAAUUCUUGUUCAUAUUCAGUUGCGUUAAAACGUGUUUUGAGAAAAAAAUGCUUUGAGAAAACCUUGGUCUGAGC